AUGAAGAAGUUUGAGUUGGUGUUCGUUCCAUCACCGGCCACCAGCCACCUUGUCUCAACCAUUGAAAUCGCGAAGCGCCUAAUGAACCAAGAUGAUCGAAUUUCGGUCACAAUUCUCUGCAUGAAGGCUCCCACAACUACAUAUUUAGAUGCAUUCACCAAAUCUCUUGUGGGCUCAGAAACUCGAAUCAAGCUCGUACACCUCCCGCAGGUAGACCCGCCUCCUACGGAGCUAAUCACGAAGUCAGGAGAAUACUACAUCUAUGCUUACAUAGAGAGCUUCGUCCCUCAUGUCAGAGACACUCUUAAAAACAUUUUGUCAUCUCACUCUAACUCGCACUCAACCCGAGUUUCUUGCUUGGUUCUUGAUUUUUUCUGUAUGCCCAUGUUGGAUGUGGCCAAUGAACUCGAUCUCCCUUGUUAUCUUUUCUUCACUUGUAACUUAGGAUAUCUUAGUCUCAUGCUUCGCAUUUCAACUCGUCAUGAGUUGAUCGGCUCCGAGUUCAAAGACUCAGAUCCUGAUCUAAUAUUACCAGGUUUCAUGAAUCCAAUUCCUACAAGAGUUUUGCCUUUGGCUGCGUUCAACAAGGAUGGUGGUUAUACCACUUACCUUCAAAUUUCUCAAGGGCUCAGAGAGAUAAAAGGAAUUUUUGUAAAUUCAUUUGCGGAAUUGGAGUCUCCUGAAGCUUUAAGGAUGUUGAGUUGUGAUGGGAAUACGCCUCCAAUCUACAUGGUUGGACCAGUGGUUGACCUCAAGGGUCAGCCUAACCCGUGCUUCGAUCAAGCUCAGCACGAAAAGAUCAUGAAAUGGCUCGACAAGCAGCCUAAUUUCUCUGUUCUGUUGCUCAGCUUUGGAAGCUUUGGACAGUUCUUCAAAGCUUCCCAAUUGAGAGAGCUUGCUCUCGGACUCGAACGCAGCGGAUGUAGAUUCUUGUGGUGCUUGAGAUCUCCUUCUCAACAGACAAUAAGAAGUGCUACUGAGGGGAUCAUCUUGCCCGAAGGAUUCUUGGAGAGGACUAAAGGGAGAGGGAUGAUAUGCGAGUGGGCGCCGCAGAUGGAUGUCUUAGCCCACAAGGCGACUGGAGGAUUCGUGUCACAUUGCGGGUGGAAUUCCAUGCUGGAGAGCUUGUGGCAUGGCGUUCCCGUUGCAACUUGGCCUAUUUACGCGGAACAACAGCUAAAUGCGUUUAGGAUGGUGUGGGAAUUCGGAUUAUCGACUGAGGUGAGAUUGGAUUACAGGGAAGGUGGAGAUGAUGUGACCGCGGAGGAGAUUGAGGUGGCGAUAAGACGCCUUAUGGAAGGUGGCGUUGAGAUGAGGAGCAGGGUGAAAGAGAUGAGCCAGAUGGCUAAGAAUGCAGUAGCAGAAGGCGGGUCUUCCUCUAAUGCACUUGGGGAACUAGUCAAGGAUAUUAUAGGGAGCAACUAGUUGAUUAGCAAACAACAGGAAGCAACUAAUUGUCUACGCAAUAAGUAAACUACUCCAAUUCUUGUGUUUAUUGCUGUCCUUGAAAAAAUAAGGAUGUGACUUGUUGUCUUUUUUCUUCUUUAUUUC